UAAUGAAAUUUUGCGCGUUUAUGGAUCUCCCACGAUCAAUUUUUCAAUCAUUCUACGACAGAGUCGUUAAAAGGAUCGCUAUUGGAGCAGAGACGGUUUGUCAGCUCAGUAUGAAAACUGCAGCUCAGGAAGAAAAGAAAAAAAGUGAUGAGAAAGAGAAUACAGAUGGUGUUACUGUAUCUGGUGAUGGUUUGUGGAGAAAGCGGGGUUUUUCGUCACUUUUCGGAUUCGUAUCGCUUAUUGGAUGGCUUACCGGCAAAGUGGUUGAUGUUGUUGUAAAAUCAAAAUAUUGUGAAUUUUGGGAGAAACAAAAAGACACUGAGAAGUACAAGGAAUGGAUCGAAACGCAUGAAAACGAAUGCCAAGCUAACCACGAGGGAAAGAUGGAGGUGGACGCCGUUAUAGAAAUGUUCCAGCGCUCAAAUUCUUUGCACAAUUUAAAAUAUGCAAAUUACGUGGGGAACGGAGAUUCUAAGAUUUUCAAAGGUAUCAUGGAUUCAGAGCCUUAUGCUGAUUUGACAGUUAUGAAGAAAGAGUGCAUCGACCACGUACAAAAGCGAAUGGGUACUCGCCUUCGCAAUUUAAAAAAAAACACAAAAGGGCUCGGAGGAAAAGGCAAGUUGACAAGUAAAUUGAUCGACGAAUUGUCAAUUUAUUAUGGAUUAGCUAUACGCCGCAAUCAUGAUUCCGUAGAAAAAAUGCGGAAUGAAAUCUAUGCGACGCUAUUCCAUAAAUUAUCAACCGACGAGAAACCGCAGCACGAAAAAUGCCCGUCCGGAGAAAAUUCGUGGUGA